AUUCCCAAACAGAAGGAACAAGAAAAAUGUUACUACAUUUGUGCAAAAUCAAUUAGAAUAGGAAACAAAGAGGGGAUGAUUCUGAUCGAGAAUUAGAAAAAAAAGACAACCCAAUACGAAGAACAAUAGUAAGAAUGUUUAAAGUUCCCGAUUGGUAUCUGACCGUGUCAAGGCGACUAUCAGACGUAUUUGAUGAAAUUGGGGUGAAUGAGAAGAUGUUGAUGAAGAGAAGGAGAUCAUUCUUACUGGAUGAGACUACACAGGCUAUCUGGGAAAGAUUGUUACCAACGAAGUCUUUGUUUUAUUUUCUCGGUAGUCAACCAGAGGGAACAACAACUACAGGACUUAACUCAGACUUCGAUCAAGUUGUUUGUUAUACUGGCAGAGUUAUCAUACAGGACAUGUCUGAAUGGACUCCCGAAGCUGACACUCAUCUAAUGAUUCAAGAUGAAAAAACACAACCCGGAUAUUGUCGUCUACAGAAGCUUAGAGAUGAUGCUCCACUUCCUGUUAUUGGGGAAUAUGGGAACUAUUAUGUUAAAGAUACACAUGGAAGGGUAUUGUACAAAAACACAAAUCUUAAUGCAUUCCCUCUUGCGGGUCACCGGCAAGGACCAGCGCAGUCAACAAAAGGACAACUCGGUUGUAUAGACACAGAUACAGUACUUGCCCUUCCAUUGAAAUCCUUGCCACAAGAAGUUAAAUGUUGGCUAAACCAACAAGUGGGAGGAAGCUUGGUGACAGAAGAUGUUAAAAGGUAUAUAGAAAGAACAAACUAUUUUGUUGUAGGUAUUGGAAACAGGGCCAGUGAAAAUGAAGCAUUUGAAUGGAGAAUAUCUACCACCCUAGCUGAGAGAUGUGUAAUGUUCAAUUUAAAUAUCACUCAGAUUAGGUGCUACAUAUUGAUGAAAAUCAUUCUUAAAACAUACAUAAAUCCUCAUUAUCCAGAUUGUUUAUCAAGUUAUAUGUGUAAAACAGUUUUACUGCACUGUAUAAAGAACAAACAUUCAAGUUUAUGGAAGGAGAAUAAUUUUUUAGCUUGUAUAUCGCAUUGUUUAUUGACAUUACACGAUUGUAUAUUAAGCAAAAUCUGUCCACAUUUUAUCAUCAAAGCAAACAAUCUGAUGGCUGGAAAAUUUUCAUAUCAAGAAAAGAUUCAGUUAGCUAAAUUAACGUCAAAUCUGAGACAGAACAUUGACAAUGCAAUCCUUGGAAUUCCGAUUGAUGACCUCGGCCUACGUCUGCAGAUAAAGCUACACAUGGUACCAUGGUUACAAUACAAUAUUAAGCCCUCGUUUUAUUUUGGUUUAAAAACUGCUGGUAACUUAUUAUGGAAUACUGCAUAUGGUUCUGAUAGACGGUAUCGUAAUAAAAUACUUAAAAAACUUACCCCAAUAAAUCUGAAUAUGAGCAAUCACUUUUUAUUCAAUAUUAUGUUGCACUUAAUAAGAAACUUUAGAAAAGGUAGCAAGUGGGAGAAGACAGCAUGUCAACAAUUGAUUCCUCAAUUCUGCACAACAAUAGGAUCUCUGACAGCUUCAUACAACAUUCAACAAAAUAACACUGUUUCUCCUCAAGCACUUACGUGGUUUUCAGCAGGACUGGACACUGAUGUUGCAUCUAGCAGACUGAAACUUGCUUCUGUAUACUAUUGUAUAGGCGAUAUGGAAAAUGUAGCUCAUAUUCUUGGGCAUAUUGAAAAAUGUUACUCUGACCUUGUAGCAGCUGUGUGUAGCUGCUAUAACUUUAAUAACGUUAAUGUAAAUAUAGGAUUCUGUUCAAUUUCCAGUCAAAGCAAUGAAGAAGCUACCGGACAUGUUAUUGCAUUUUGCGUACGAUUCUUGCCUUCUGAAUUUAACUGUGUACCAUAUGAACUUCAGUAUGAAAUGUUUAGAUCUACUGAAGAUGAAAUACUUCACAGGAAUAAAAUAGAAGAUUUCUGGAUGGACUGGGCCGUUGUUGAUUCUCUUCCUUAUCUAUAUUUCCUACAGUAUAAAACAUUUGGUCAACUACAUAGAAAUGAGGAUCAGAAACACGCUCUGAGAAACCUUGAAUGGGCUAUUUAUACACGACAAAAUCUUGGCCACAAAGACACAGCAUUCAAUCUGCUAGGGCAGUGUAUGGAACGGGAGAAUCGGCCUGCAGAUGCUAUCCGUUGCUAUAUGAUGUCUUUGAAUAUCAGACCUAGGAACAAUGUAGCAAAAAUCCAUAUUUGUGUGUUACUGUCUAAAUUUAUCUGCAAUAAUAUGUAAAAAAAAAUCAAGCAAAGUUUUUUGUUGGGUUCACGCCGACACAAUUAUAGGUCACAUGGCAAUUUUCCAGCUUUUCAUGGGGAUGAAAUACCCCAAGUGCCCCAUCCAGGCUUUGUUAUAAGCACGAGCAGGCACCAAGGUAGAACCAACAACCUUCUCCAAGGCAGCUGAAUGACUUUCUAGAUGACCGUCUGGAUGACCUUCUCUCUUGAAAGAAUUCUACGUCCCAAGUGAAGGCUCGAACCCACAGUAGUGUGGGGAAGGUGAUACGAAGGCUCGAACCCACAGUAGUGUGGGAAAGGUGAUACGAUGACUCGAACUCACAGUAGUGUGGGGAAGGUGAUACGAUGGUUCGAACCCACAGUAGUGUGGGGAAGGUGAUACGAUGGUUCGAACCCACAGUAGUGUGGGAAAGGUGAUACGAUGGCUCGAACCCACAGUAGUGUGGGGGAGGUGAUACGAAGGCUCGAACCCACAGUAGUGUGGAGAAGGUGAUACGAAGUCAAUGGCCUUAGCUACUCGGCAUAGGAGACACUCUAAGCAAGUGCAAUGCAUUGAUAACUGGUAUUAGAAAUUUUAUCACGUUGCUUCAACUGUCAUAAUAAUAUCUUUAAACUGAAUGAACUAGAAUAUUUGAAGAAUAAAAGGAGUCAUUAUCUAAUAAAAUACAAGUAAGAGUAUCUUAGUAAAAUCGGAUGGUUAUCCCGUCUCUACGCAAAAUAUUCUAUGACUGUCAGGGAUAGGUUCGAAAACGCGUCAACGUUAUAGUUGUUAAUUCUUUUCUCGAAUUGAAAUAUGCAACAAUCAAACAUCUUAUAUUGAAUAUACUGACUAUGUGAUUAUACAUAAAAUCUAUUUCGAUAGCUGUUUAAAUUAAUUUAACAUAAAAUUAUAAGCCUAAUAGGGCUUAAACAUUUACUUCAAUUUCCUAUUUCCUAGUAAAACCCUGUUUUCACGGAGAUUAAAUGCAUUGGGAUACAUUAUUUUCUCAAAAAGACCCAUAUAGUAAAUUUCGGAGUGGCAUUAAAUAAAUUAAUUGCCCGUCUGCUUAGAUAAAUAGGGAGAGGGCAGACUAUAGAUCGUCGGGUCGUGAAUUCGAACUCCGGGCGAGAUAUGUGUUUAUUGAAAACAUUGUACCUGAAAUAAUUCGUUCUCUACCUCAGACGAAUGUGGAAAAGUUGGUAGUAACUUGCGUAGUAUCUUUUUUUGUAACUUCAUCAAUUUAAUGUUAGCUAAACGAUACUUUACAGCUCAUAACCAGUUUUUAUAAAAUUCCAAAUUUACGACUAACUUCACACAACUUAGAAAGUGCUUUCAUUUGCUAUUUAUUGUAAAGAAAAUAAAACAAAACGUUAUUCA